AUGGCGCGGAAGCGUAAGUUAGUGGCAUCUGCAAGUUGUGUUGCUCAGGGUGCUUGUGCUGAAAAUGCAAUAGGCAGAUUUAGCAAUCUUCCAGACGAAGUUGCUUAUCGCAUUCUCUCCUUCCUCACUUUCAAAGGACUCACUCGAGUGGGCGCCGUGUCGAAAAGGUGCAGGCAAUUUCAUCUAUCAGUUCCGCUUGUGAGUUUUGAUUCAAGUUGCAAACCACAUAGAGUAACCAACCAGAAGCGAGUGAGGUUGAUGAGCUCUUUGGAUAGGUACUUGUUCUAUCGUGGGGAUAAUAGGAUGCAGGUCUUCCGCAUUAGAUGGAGUUUCUUUACAUCCGAACCAGCAAGCAAGCUUUCUGAUGAUCAUUUUCGAGUGUUCACGUGGAUUCAUAAUGCAGUAAGGUGGAAUGUUGAAGAGCUUUAUCUUUAUUUCUCGCAUGGUGAGACCAAUACAAUUGCGUUGCCAUCUUGCAUAUUUCUUUCUCAGUCUUUGCGCUCUCUUUCAGUGAAAUUAUAUGCGAUGAUUCUUGAAGCCCCAUCCUUAUCCUUUUCCAGUAAUCUCCAUUACUUGCAACUGGAACAUGUUAAAGUAGUGGAUGAGAGGUUUUUCAGAUGGAUUGCCCGAUCCUGCAAAUUCAUCAAGGAGUUAAAGCUUCUUAAUAUUCGAGGAAUACAGAAAAUCACUGUUGAAAGUUCGUCUUUAGAAUAUUUUCUUUGUCGGAUUGAUAAAUUUGAUGACUGUUUUCAUCUCAACAUCUCUGGUAAGAAACUUGAAAGUAUAGAUAUAAGCUGGACGAGCUAUGAAUCAACUAGCAUCAAAUCGUUGACGAUUUUUGCUCCAAAUCUUAAAAAUUUGAAAUGGGAAGGCAGUUUGAAGCAUAGUCAAAAUCUGGGGAAAUUUAUGAAUUUAGAAAAACUUGAGAUUCUUUUGGACUUUUGGGGAAAUGAAGUUGACAAAGUAUGUGAGUUUCUUGGCAGUGUAUGCUGCGCAGAAGUUCUUACCAUAAACGAGGAGACCAUGAAGAUACAGAUCUACAACUACACCCCAGUUGUGAUACCCUCCAAGAUAGGAGAAAUUUCGAUGUUCUCGAACCAGAGUUCAUAUUUGGGACAGCCUCAGCAACUUACCAGUGCGCUGGUGCUGUACAAACCGAUGGUAGAGGACCAAGUAUAUGGGAUAACUACACCCACAGCCAUCCAGAAAGAAUCAAGGAUAGCAGUAAUGGAGAUAUCGCUGUUGAUCAAUAUCACCAAUACAAGGUUCUAA